ACAUGGCGCGGAGCUGAGGCGGAGCCCCACGGCACUUCGUGCGGAGCUGGAAUCAGACCUUCUUUGACAGAACUUUGCUUUGUCAUUUGUGUAGUACCUGAAGAUGGAAUUUACGAUUAGACACACGUGGGAUGGUUUGCCCGUGAGCCAUGAGCCGGUGACCAUUGGGCUGAGGUUGGAUAAUGCGGGACUGCUGAUGGAAGUUCGUGCUCCUCUCUUUAAUGACCCUCCAGCCCCACCCGGAGAGCCAGGGAAACCUUUUGGGGGUCUGUGGGACUAUGAGGUUGUAGAAGCAUUCUUUCUGAACGACAGAACUGAGCAGUAUUUAGAAGUUGAGCUUUGUCCCCAUGGGCAGUACUUACUGCUGCUGCUUUCUGGCAGAAGAAAAGCAUGGAAACAAGACCUUCCUUUGGAAUUUGAGGUGACCAGAAUGAAAACCAAAUGGGAGGGUAAAGCUCUUCUUCCUUGGAGUUAUUUGCCACCGUGCACUAACAAGUUCAAUGCAUUUGCAAUCCAUGGCUCAGGAGAGGAGAGGACAUAUGAAGCACUUUAUCCUGUGCCUCCACACGAACUGCAGGAAGGACAGGAACCAGAUUUUCAUCGUUUGGAAUUUUUCAAAGACUUGAACCUGAAAGAACUAACAGGAGAAGACUGGAAGCAGCCUGAAUCAGAUAUAUGGAAAUCUCUCACUAAGUGAAUGAUAAGAGGCAUAAAUUUUUAUCAUGUUGAAGUUGGCUGAAGCUGUAUGGAAACAACUUCCUCUUUCAGAGCAGAGUUUGUAGAUAGCAGAUUAGCAAGGCUUUUCUUGACACCAAAAUCAUGGGUCAGUCUGAAAAUCAACUCCAAAGUCUGUGGGUCUGUUGAUUCUAAAUGUAUGAAUGGCUUGUGUUUCAAUCCAUCAGGGUAUGGAGUUUUUCAUCUGUGCAAGAGAUGAAUCUGCUGCUGCUAGUGAAGGAGGAGGAAUGUGCUAAAAUUGCAGCUGUUUUUUGUGAGAGCUCUGAAGUCUGACAAGGCCAAUACUCGGAUUGAAAUUUUUUGGUUUCUAAUAGUCGCUGCGUUUCUGCUGUAUUUUCACUGUUGCUUGUUUGAUUGUUGACUGCUGAAAGAGAUCCUUAUGUGCCUAGAUUUUUUGCUUACAAUCAGGAGGAAGAAUGCCUUGCUCGGGAACAGAGAUGAAUGUACCUAUCAUGGGUUUUGGAGGCUCAGUACCUGCCCUGCAGGAGGAGUAACCCUGCCCGUUCCUGUGCCUGGAGCUUUCCCUUGCUUAAUGCCAAAGGGGGAACUUUGUCUCACAGACCUCUGUGUGGAGUUUCUAAUGGCAGAGGGUGGAUUUACAAAAGGCUUUAUGUAUUUCAGGUGAAGUUUCUGGGACAAAUCAUGCUUAGUAAAAUCUUUUGCUAUAGUUGUGUGUGUGUGAAAGCGGGUUUUUUCCAAGGCUUGUCACAUCACUUGAAGAAUUCACCUCAGAUGUCUGAGAAAUUUUUUUUUUUAUGCUUCUGAGGGCUGGAGAUAUUCUAGGUGUAUAUUUUCUAUGUACGGGUGUGAAUUUUAACAAUAGCAAGUAUUUGUAUGUGGCAACAUCUAAUCUGUUAACCCUCACAAGAUUUACAUGUUAUGUUUCUUUUUUUUUUCUAGCAUAGCAGCUGCUGCUUGGAUGUGGCUGCUGAUUUAAUCUUAUAUAAAUUAGCUUAGAAAAUGUGAAGCUUGCCCACUAACCAGAUCCUUGCUAGUAUGCAGUAAUAAACACAUUCUGGUGGUCCUGUUUUCUUUACUAUCUCUCAGUUUAACUGUAGCUCUAAGUUCUGCCUGAGAAGCAAAGAAGGUGGGAAUAUCCCACCUUUGUGAAGAACAUCUCAUGUGGUUAAUAUCUGAUAGAAUGUUAGUUCAGUUUUUGCUGAGCUUUAGAUUCCCUCAUUGUACUUCCAGUUUUAUAGAGCUGUGCUUUCAAAUUUGAAGAUAUUAGGCUUGUUUUGUGGCAGACUCUGGCACGUCAGUGCACUCAGCCAUCCGAUUGCUUUUGCUCUGUUUCAAUUAGACAAAAUAGGUUCCUUGCUGUAAAGUGCCAUCUGUUGAAUAUUGUAAGUAUUUUGCAUUCAGUUGUCUGGCUUCUUUACUACCUUCUAUCCAUGUACAGUUUUCUAAAGAAUGACAUCAAUCUGAAAUAUUGAAUAAUUCAAUAAAUGUUGAUUAAAGUAUCAUCUAUAUCCUGAUAUAGCAAAGCUGCUUCGAAAAGUUUAGUCAGCACCAAAAUGGGAUUUCACCGCUUUAUUUAAAAAAGUUUGUCAAAAUAAUGUGUGCAAUGAACCAGAAUGGGUCUGCUGCUUUUCUUACAAAGUUUGUUUUCAUAUGAGGAAUGAUACUUUGUAUGUGAAGGACUGUAAAUAAAUUUUUUUUAUUCAUUUCAUGUUUAUUCCUACUUCAAACUGGCUGCUUCAGAUUUCACUUUGGAUGUAAAUGAUGAACUUGGAGGGAAAUAGUCCUUUCCCUAAAGAAGUAAUUUAAAGUAAAACCAUUGUCUGUGCAGUACAAAAUGCAAUGCUAGGUGCUCCAGAAAAUGGAAUUUCUUACAUAAACUAUAUUCAAGGCCUGUGCUACUCCAUGCUGCCAUUAUUUGGUUCAGUUGUGUGUUUCUGAGCUUUAAGCGUCUAUUUAAACUGUAAGUACUGGGGGCCAGCUGUAGCCUAUCUUUCUUCAACUGUGUCUUUUGUUUUUGAUGGUGGGAGGAAAAUGAUGAAACAAACUCUGUUCUGCGUGAUAGUGAUCGUAUGUUGAUUACUUGUGAACUUAAACAUGAGAAGCCGAAUUGUACACGGCUCACACCUCCUUAUGAUGUCAGUGAAUCUCUUAUGAAAACUUACUUUUACGUUUUCACUCCCAAAGACCUUGUUCUUUAUGCUUCUUGCCACUAGGUGGGAGAAGAAGGUUGUCUAAACUGUGCCUUGGUGCUGCCAGCCUAGUUAUCCUUAACCAGAUCAAUUCCUUGCUGUAUUGAUUUUAGAAAAAGGAUAUUUUAGUCAAGCUGAUGGUGGCUUAUUUUGGUUUAGUUGAGACAUCUUUGUUGUGAGAAAAACUUGUCAUGCUGUGUAGUUACAGUUCUAAUGUUUGCUUUCCUGCAGGGCUAUUUUCAGAAAUAAUUUUUGAGACAAAAAUCAACUGAAGAAAAAUUCCAUGAGGUGUCAGUCAAUCUGUAGUGUAAAAGUUUUGUGAUUUUUGAAUUAUUUAAAUCUUACUCUGGAUUUUAUUUUUUUCAAGUGUCUUGGACAGUCUAUGGCAAACUUUCCAAAAAGGCUGUUUCGAAUUCUGAAGGAAUUUAUUUCUUUU